UCAAGAUACCAAGAGUAAACACGUUCAAAGAUGGCUGCGCCCAUGGCGCAGAUGGAUGUCCCAGUUCGUGUCAACAAAAAUGCCGAGAAAAAGACAAAGUCUUGCAAAAGUCGGAGAGAAACAGCGGUCCAAGGAACCAAUGAUAGCUCCAUUGUCAGCAAGUGUUCCAUGGCCAGUGUGGGUUACUUCUCGGACCCCUAUCUCCAUUGCUUUGUCUCCAAGACAACAAGACGCUCUCCACUUAUCCAUAGGGGUUAUUAUAUCCGAGCAAAGGCCGCAGAUUUCUUCCUUAGAAAGUUUCUAGAAACCUACCCUCACAGAAAUCAGAUCAUUUCUCUUGGUGCUGGAUUUGACUCAACAUACUUUCGCUUAAGAUCAGAAGGAGUGUUGGAAAAAACUUCAUUUUAUGAGGUGGAUUUUCCUGAUGUGGUACAACGUAAGAACUCUUUGAUUCAGAGCAAUGAGGACUUAAAGAAUUUAAUUCCAGGACUGAAGACCCAGGGAGUUAAGGAAAAUCCUCUGAUUGAAAUCAACACGGAAGAAUAUAAACUGUUAGGGGUGGAUCUGACCCAGCUGAACACCCUGGAGGCAUGUCUAAAUCUGUGUGGGGUGGACUGGGACACACCCACUUUAUUAUUGUCAGAGUGUGUAAUGACCUACAUGACUAGGAGAUGUUCUUCAGCUGUAGUGAAGUGGUCAGGAGAGGCAUUUUCUGAAGCUGUUUUUAUUUUAUAUGAACAGAUAAACCCAAAUGAUGCUUUUGGAAAGUUCAUGCAGAGCCACUUUCAGGUGAUAGGUUCUCCACUGAAAUGCAUCAAUGCCUUCCCCACACUUCAAGCUCAGAGGGACCGCUUCCUGAAUCUGGGUUGGAGUCGGAGUGAGGCAGCUGACAUGAACCACUUUUACCAGGAGCUGGUGCCACUCAGUGAACAGCGGCGCGUGGAGUCCCUGGAGCCGUUUGAUGAGUACGAGGAGUGGCACCUGAAGUGUAGUCACUACAUGAUUGUCAGUGCAACCAACGCCAAAGGCUUUCCCUCUGUCUUGUCUGACAUCCAGACUUCACACAAUCCAGGCAUCAAAGACUGUGUUACUGUGAAGGAAGGGUCUGCCUCUCACAGUAUAUGGAGGUUUGGACACAGCAGCCUGUUAUUAGAGGACGGUCACUCGCUGGUCAGUUUUGGGGGGUUCGGGGAGGAGAAGGGGAAACACUGCAGAAUCCUGGAUCUGACCAUCACAGAUAUCAAGACUUCUCAGUCCUACAUAGUGCCGGUCAAGGUCAACCCAAGGGAAGUUCAAGUUAGCAGAAUGCAUGAUCAGAGUAUCUUGCUGAGGGAUGGAUCUGUGAUUUUGGUGGGUGGAAGAAUGUCUCCAGUUCGUCUGUGUAGCCAGGUCCUGAGAAUCGAGUUCAAACCUGUCACUAAAGGUCAAACAAGGUCAACAGUACUGUGUACCAAGUGUGGAAGCACAGCGGAGGCUGCGUGUGACCGCAAAGGAAACAGGCCUCCUGAGGAAUUUGUUCUUGUGGAGGGAAAUCAUUCCAAGAAUGGUCAAAGUCAGGAAGUAGGCUUAAAAAUAGAGCAAAAAGUGGAGAGAAAAGAAAUGGACUCAUCAGUGCCUGAUAGACCUAAUUUACAGGGCAACACUUGUGAGAGACAAUCCAGAAAAGAGAAUUUGUCAGAAAAUAAUUGUAAAAAGGAAGGUGAAAGACCUGAAAUGAAUUGUGAAAGUGAUAAGUUUAAUUCUGAAUGUGUUAGACCUGAUAAAUUUAAUGGAGAUACAGUGAUGGAGAAAAAAUCAAAUUGUGAAUGUGAUGAAGAUAAAAAUAUUUGUGAUUAUAAUGAAUCUGUUAAGGAUAAUGAGGGUGAAAUAAGACGAUACUCAGGGGUCCGUAUACAGGAAGUGGUAACUACUGGAGACACACCCUCUCCCCGCUGGAGGCAUGUUGCUGUGUUGAUCAAACAGGAAGGUCAUGACCUUUUAUACCUACAUGGAGGGAGGACUGACACAGACUUGGCCCUGGACGAUAGUUACCUGAUGGACACAGAGUCUUUUACCUGGACAAAAAUAGAGGACACGAGUCCAGGAAGGAGACAGUCACACACAGCCUCUGUUUGGAGAAAUCAUGUGAUCAUCGCAGGAGGUGUGGACCAGACGCUUCAACCUUUGGACUCGGUCCAUAUCUUCAGUCUCCAGACCAGACAGUACACUCAGUUACAGAUACAGGGAGAUCUCCUUCCUAGGUACUCCCAUACUGCUCAUGUGAUCAAUGAUCACCUGAUUUUGGUGGGAGGAGUUAAUGUCAAUCACUCUGUACCAGGCGUGGCCUUCAUUGAUAUUGACAGCAAGAAAGCAACAGAGUUUGAAGUCCCUAGAGAGUAUGGAAAUAAUCAUCUUAUGUUACACAAACACACCAGCUGUUACCUUGGUAACAACAGAAUCCUGGUGAUUGGUGGAGGAGGAAACUGUUUCUCAUUCGGAACUCAUCUGAAUUGUUCCCCUUUUGAGGUUGAUGUUUCCAGAUGUUGGGAAAAUCUUAAUGGAAUGUGAUGCCGUUAUCUACACAGUGAAUUGUUGGUGGACUAUUCCCGUUAUUUUCCAUUCAUGACAAAGAGCUUAAUGCUAGUAUGACCGUUUGGCAGAGGAAGCUCACUCCUCCAGGACACCCGAUUCAACCUCUGAUGUUUCAGAGUUGCAUGUAUCUUUGUUCUGCUGCUGAUUUGUACUGUCUGAC